AGCGAGCGGCGCUGACGGGACGGGCCGGGCCGGGCCGGGACAGGGCCCGGGGUGAGCGGAGGGGCCUGCGCGGUCGCCCGGCCCGGCCGCGGAGCAGGCCCCUGGGACCAUGGGCUUCAAGCCCUAAGGACGUGAGCCUCCCUGUGGCAAUGACGACAGGUGACUGCUGCCACCUCCCUGGCUCCCUGUGUGACUGCUCCGGCAGCCCCGCCUUCUCCAAGGUCCUGGAGGCCACGGGCCUGGGGCCACCCCAGUACGUGGCGCAGGUGACUUCAAGGGAUGGCCGGCUCCUCUCGACUGUCAUCCGGGCCUUGGACACACCGAGUGAUGGUCCCUUCUGCCGGAUCUGUCACGAGGGAGCCAAUGGGGAGAGCUUGUUGUCUCCGUGUGGCUGCACUGGCACGCUGGGUGCCGUGCACAAGAGCUGUCUGGAGAGGUGGCUGUCCUCGUCCAACACCAGCUACUGUGAGCUGUGCCACACGGAGUUUGCAGUGGAGAAGCAGCCUCGACCCCUCACAGAGUGGCUAAAGGACCCGGGACCGAGGACGGAGAAGAGGACGCUGUGCUGCGACAUGGUGUGCUUCCUGUUCAUCACGCCACUGGCUGCCAUCUCAGGCUGGCUGUGCCUGCGUGGGGCCCAGGACCACCUCCGGCUGCACAGCCGGCUGGAGGCUGUGGGGCUCAUUGCCCUCACCAUCGCCCUCUUCACCAUCUACAUCCUCUGGACGCUGGUCUCCUUCCGCUACCAUUGCCAGCUGUACUCCGAAUGGAGAAGGACCAACCAGAAAGUCCGCCUGAAGCUCCGGGAUGCAGAGGGCUUCGAGAGCAACCAGCACUCCCCACUCGCAGCUGGACUCCUGAAGAAGGUGGCCGAGGAGACGCCCGUGUGACAGCCCGGCUGGUGGGGUCCUGCAGCAGAAAGGGCAGAGGCAGCUGGGGAUGCCCUUGUGUUCAGAAGGGCGGACAAACUCAUCCAAUCCCACACGGCCAGAAUGCUUCACAGGCCAAGUGAUGCCAAGCGGAGCUUCUUCUGGGAUCACAUGUGACUAGAUUUCCAAGUUUUUUGCACACUGUCAUAUAUGACAAGGACAGAUGGAUGCGGCCCCAAGCUUCACACAGAGCGGGCACCCUGAUCGCAUCCUGAGGUCCACUCAGCACCUUUCCCCGCUGGCAGCCAUGGCUGGUGUGUCAAGGGGGCCGGAAAGCUCCGGCAAGCUUCUUGCGCUUUUCUGCCCCGGCAGACUUGCUUCCCUGGCAUCUUCGACUUUAUAAAGUUGCACUGUUUCUCCCAAGCCCACCCUAAGUGAAUAAAGGGAGCCCUUGCUCAGCUUUGUCAGUGAUAUUUCUGAACUAGGCCUCAAAGCGAGGGGCCCCGGGGCCCAAGGGGAGUCAGGAGCCAUGUGGAGGUAAAAAAUACACUUGGCAGGUUUGAGGGAUCACAGAACAUAGGAAGCAGCGGUGAAGGCUGAAUUUUCAAGUGACAAGCAGGUUGUUGUUGUCGUUAGGUGCGGUCGAGUCGAUUUCAACUUACGGAGCCCCCAUGUGACAGAGUAGAAUUGCUCUGUAGGGUUUUCUCGCCUGAAAUCUUUACGGAUGCAGAUCACCAGGUCCUUCUCCCAUGGAGCUGCUAGGUGGGUUCAAACCACCAAUCUUUUGGUUAGCAGCUGAGCGCUUAACUGUUGUGCCACCAGAAUUCCUUGACAAGCAGGUAACAGUGUUAUAUAAUACGUACUUCCACUUCUUUUGCAUCUACCAUGGGCCAGACGGAAACCCUGGUGCCAUAGUGGUUAAGUGCUAUGGCUGCUAACCAAAACGUCGGCAUUUCAAAUCCACCAGGCACUCCGUGGAAACUCUAUGGGGCAGUUCUACUCUGUUUUAUAGGUUCACUAUAAGUCAGAAUCGACUCAACGGCAGUGGGUUUGUUUUUUUUUUUCUUUUUAUGGGCCAGAUACCAUGCUGGGCCUAUUGCACUCAUUAAUGAAGAUCACAUCCACCUUUAUCGCCAGGCAGCAUCCCUCUAACUCACAACUACCCUGGGGCAGGGGAGGAAGAAGGUAUUACUCCCAUUUUGUAGAUGAGAAGACUGCGACCCAAGCAGGGAAGCUUUUGUCUCAAGUCCCACAGCUGUAGGACAUGGACACGGAGUUUGACCCCAGGUCUGUGCCGCUCUGGUGCUGCGCUAGGGGAAGCAGAACGUGGUCAUGUUAAUAACAGCCUGUCUUAGUUAUUUAGUGCUGCUGUAACAUAAAUACCACAACGGGAUAGCUGUAACAAAUUUAUUUUCUCACAAUUUAGGAAGCUGGAAGUUCGAAUUCAGAGCACUGGCUUUAGGGGGAGGCUUUCUCUUUCUGACAGCUCUAGAGGAAAGCCUUUGUCUCUUCAGCUUCUGCUUCCUGGUUCCUUGGAGAUCUCCAUACGUUUUGGCAUCUAUCUUACUCCAUCUCUGCUUGCUUGUUUAAUCCCUUUUAUAUCUCAAAAGAGAUUGACUCAAGACAUACCCUAUGCUAAUCCUACCUCAUUAACACAACAAAGACAACCCAUGGGAUUAUAGCCACAGGCAUCAAAACCCAAAAUCAAACCUGUUGCAUUCCAGUUGAUUCCAAAUCAUAGUGACCCUGUAAGGACAGAGUAGGACUGAUUGUCCCUUAGGGUUUCCAGGGAGUGCCUGAUGGAUUCAAACUACCUGCCUUUUGAUUAGCAGCCAUAGCUCUUAACCACUACGCCACCAGCGCUUCCAGCGACCCUAUAAAAACCCAGAAUCAAACCUGUUGCUGUUGAGUCGAUUCCGACUCAGAUUCCGACUCAUAGUGACCUUAUAAGGACAGAAUAGAACUGCGCCAUAGAGUUCUAUGCGCAAGGAGCGCUUGGUGGAUUCCGACUGCCGACCUUUCGGUUAGCAGCUUUAGCGCUUAACCACUACACCACCAGGGUUUCCAGCAACCCUAUAGAGGUUAGGAAUUACAAUACAUAUUUUUGGGGGACACAAUUCAAUCCAUGACACAUCACCUCCUCCUUGAAAGCUUUCUGUGCCCUCCGUAUGCUGUUUUUUACACCAAGGGCUCUUUGCAUGGGGUGGCAUUGAACGCUCACAGCAGCCCUGAAAGGUGGCUUCUGAUGUUAACCACAUUUGCAAAUAAGCAAACUGAGGCUCAGAGAGUUUGGGUCACUUGCCCAAGGUCACACAGCGCUGAGGGUCCCAGCACAGUGAUUUGUCCUGUGGCCCGUUCUGUUUUAUUUUUAAUUUUAUUAUUAUUUCCUGUUUCACUUUAAUGAUAUUUCACCAUUAUU